CCGAUCCCAGCGCUCCUCAAGGAUGAAAACCGACCUGGAGCUGGCGCUGGAAUGCGCCGUCAACGUUUACCACCGGUACGCGCUGCAGCGCCCCUUGGACGAUUACCUGAGCAAGGACGAGUUCUCCAAACUGCUCAAGGAGACGGCCGAGCCCUUCCUGAGGAACACGGUGCCGCCCAACACGAGCACCGAGAGCUACAUCAACCAACUCUUCACCAAAGCUGACGCCAACCACGACGGCCGCCUCAAAUUCACCGAGUUCCUGAGCACGCUGAGCCUCGUGGCCAUCGAUGCCCACAACAGGUCCCACGAGGGGCCUGGGGGUGACCACGACCACGACCACGACCACGACCACGGCCACGACCACGGCCACGGCCACGACCACGGCCACGGCCACGGCCACAGCCACCGUCACUGA